AUGAAUUACCAAGACAUAAAGCUUCUGCCAGAUAUGGAUCCUACCUCGACCACCACAUUGGAAUACAAGGACUCUAUCGACUCUACAUCGCCGUGGGAUAUAACAACCAUCGAUAACUUCUUCCAAAUUGGGACUUCCUUCGCCUUCAUGCAACCAGAUCAGCUCGGAGCAUUUUCAAAUUCAUCGUUACCGUUCCUCGACUCCGACUUGUCAUUGUUACCAGAAUCUUUGCCAUCAACACAAUCGACUUCGACUUUGCCUCCAUCAUGGAAUAAUCAAAUCACAUGUCAGAGCACGCUAUCGAGCAAGUCUGAAUCUACUAUGCAUGCUGCUUCGGAAGGAAUUCAACAAGCCACCAAGCCUCAGCCUAGAGGUCGACCGAGAAAAGACCUGAGCAAGAAGCCGACUACGUCUCCACCAAGCGACAGCAUUGACAAAUAUCGUGCGAAGAAUCGGAGAGCGUCAGCACGGUGCCGAGAGAAGGAACGAAAUCAAGCAGCCGCACUGGAAGAGGCUUUCCAGGAGCAGACGAAACGCAAUCUCGCCCUCAAACAGGCCACGACGGAUUUGCGAGAAGAGCUUUUCUACCUCCAGAUGCAAGCAUUGCAACAUGGCAAUUGUGGCUGUGAAGAUGUCCAGAGAUACAAUCAGCACAGAGCGCAGAGUAUUGCUGAAGCUUGGGAGCUGUAG